CCGCAAACAUUGUGCCUUGAUGCGGACGCCAUUGUUGAUGUGCGUGGUGCGAUAUUUUCCGUCGGAUUACAGCAACGCUUUGAGAAGAAAGAACUGUGGUGUGCAAUGCGCCUGAUGCAGCGGUUCCCUAUGUAGCUCGGAUCCGAGCUCACGCCGGACUCGACGUGGUCCUUACGGACCCCGUCACAGAACUGUCUGAAAGGAAAAAGAACAGAGGGCUCCCCGCGAUAGACGGAUGUCUGGGCGCCCAUUUCGUGGUGGCCGGCGCGGCGGCGGAUUCUAUCCCAGAGCACCGUACCGGGGCCGUGGCCGGGGUUUUCGGGGAGGUGGAUCGUACGAGGGACGGGGUCGGGGUCGUGGUAGAGGUGGCUAUGGGUACAACAAACGCUACGACGACGAUCGAGACCGGGACAGGUAUAGCCGGGACCGCUACUACUCCAGGUCGCGCUCCCGUUCUCGAUCGCGCUCUCGUUCUCGCUCGAGGUCCUACUCCAGGUCGCGGUCCCGCUCCCGGUCUCGCUCCAGGACGCCGCAGACCCAGAGGGAGUCCAGGGCGCGAAAAGUUCCCACUAGGGAGCAGCUGCAAGAAAUUGCUGCAGCUGUGACGAAGUCGAUAGUGCAAGAAAAAGAACAGCGGCUAAGGGCAAAGACGCCCGUCCGGACCCGAUCUGGCUUUGCGGAUUCGCCACCGGCAUUGGCCAGCACUCGCCGCAGCUUGAGCCCCGUCCGUGGAGAUGGCGGGAGCAGCCCGUUCUCCUCUUCAAGGGACUACCCUGUGUCUAGACCCAAGACCCCAUCGCUCAAGCAGAAGGACUUAUCAGGGGAUGGAGGCUUCAGGGACUACCCGGUGACCAGGCCAAAGACUCCAUCACUUAAACAAAAGGAUUCUUCAGGGGAUGGAGGGUUCAGGGACUACCCGGUGACCAGGCCAAAGACUCCAUCACUUAAACAAAAGGAUUCUUCAGGGGAUGGAGGGUUCAGGGACUAUCCGGUGACCAGGCCAAAGACUCCAUCACUUAAACAAAAGGAUUCUUCAGGGGAUGGAGGCUUCAGGGCUCAGUUGCUGGAGCUGGCAUUGAAGGAGAAACAGAAGCUAGGCCUUGAUAAGUUGGAUUCACCCCGAAGCUCUAGUUCUGCACUGAAGGCGAUUCAAGGAUACUCGGGGACACGGUCACCAGAGGAGUCUGACCAUGAAGAGGAGCCAAUUGCACUCGACCUGUACGAUGACUUGCCAAAGCCAUUGUUUCCUAUAUCCACCAAAGGCAGCGCGGAAUCUAUGUGGGAGAAUGCAGGAAGCAAGCAAGGAUCCUCCUUGAAUGCACGGAAGAAGCCCAUCGACGACAUCUUUGACGAUGUUGAUGAAUAUCACCCACGCCAUGAUGACUGGGAUGACCGUAAGGACGACCGCAGAGAUGACCGCAGGGACAAUCGCAGGGAUGGGAAAGGUGGGGGCCAACAUUUUGAUAACCGCCCCGAUUCACAUCCAAACAUGCAUCGCUCUGACUCACGCAUCGACUUAUAUGAAGACUUGCUGUCGGAGGGCCGCCCUAGUUCACGGACCGAAUCGAGGCGUCACCCGGAAGACAGCAAAAGCAAACGGCAGUCAUCCUCAUUCAUUCCAGGUCUGGGUAUCGAUGAGAACAUUGACGAUGAAGAUGCAUUUCUUUACGGUGACGAGCCCUGACCUCUGGACGUACACCAUCUAGGCCAGAGAAGCGUCCUACACAGGAGAAGCAGCCUUUCGUGGAGGAGAGAAAGAAAUCUGCUUCGCAGGAUUCAUGGAUGCAAGCACCACAGCGAUUUGGGGGAGGCCCUUCCUUCACCGGAGGAUUCGGACCUGACCAUCGAUUUAAAGCUUCCAUUCGACCGCCGCAAGACUGUCGAGUCACUACGACCCGGAAAGGAAUUUCCAGACAGUAGGGCGCAACACCAGGAGCAACCUGCUCCUCAACGAGGUGGCCGACGGGGUGUGGAUCGUGUUGCAGACGAACCAUCGCCAAUGGACUCGUGGAAGGCGUCGCAGCGGCACAGGACUCCAUCACCCGAACAGAGCUCGCCACCGGUGUCGAGAACAACAAAGCAGUCAACGAAAGAGCCGAUGCUGGGAUACAGUUCCAUUGAGUCCAUGAAGCAGGAGCUUCGCGAGCUUAAGAUGAUGCUGAGUAGAGAGAAGGAAGCCAAGGAGGAAAGUUACGAGCGCAAGAGGCCGAGGACGCCGUCCGACGCGGGCUCUUACAGUCGCGGAGGGCGCAGUCCGAGUCCAAUCAAGCGCCGCCGAGAGAGCUACUCCCCGGUCCAUCGGCGACGUGGGCGGAGUCCCAUUGACAGCUACCGACGGCCGUCGCCCCCUUCGUACCGCCGAGAACGGCGCGAGAGCCCCUAUUAUCGUGGUGCCGCGACGCCAUCUGCCCGCCGAUACUCUCCAUCUCCGGGCCGCAGUCUCUCGCCGUCUUCGGACAGGUCCAUGGGGAAGCGCUGGUCGCCGAGCCCACCACCUCGCACACCACGGCACCGAAGGCCAGAGGCGCGAACUCCGGGUCGUCGGUGGAGUCCCGAGAGCCCACCACCUCGACCACGGAGGAGCAGCAUGGAGCGAACACCCAAGCAUUCGUCGUCGCAGGCAGCCUACUACCAGGGCUCUUCGCAGUCUGGCCAGCAGCCCUCGUAUUACGACAGCAGCCAGCCUUCGGGGCCACCAUUAGUGCCACCACCAAACUUGUCCGUACCUCCGCCUAACUAUCCCAUGAAUGCAGCUCCUCCGCAGGCUCCAUACUUCGCAGGUUAUCCUCCCCCUGCGCAAGCUCCACCAGACUUCUCUUACCCACCUCCAUCAGCGCAGCAACAACAGACGGGACACCGCUCCAACCUUCGUGUCGUGCCACUUCAGAGCGUAGACAAUGCUGUCAAAGAAGAAAGAUCCUUUUCGCCGGUAAACAUCAAGCAGGAGGAGAAAGUCAUUCCGAAGAAGCUGCAGCCGGUGGCCCAAGAGGAGAUUGACAACUACCUGAGUCUAGUGGAGGCAAAGGACAGCCACCGAGAAAAGCUGAGCCUUCUGAAGCAGGAACUGGUCCGCAUCAGCAAGAUCCAGAAUGAGUUGAUGCGACGGCGGCAGCACAAACGGGAUGGCCACAGGGAUCCCGCGCUGCUGGAGAGCAGCAGCAUGUACGAAGACGUAAAGAAGCAGGUGAUAGAGGUCAAUGGCCAAAUGGAAGAGGUGGCACGAAAGAUCUUCAAGGUUUCACAGCGUGUCAAGAUGGAAGCCAUUGCCUACAAGAAACAGCAGGAGGAACAGGCGCUGGCUGCUGAGAGCCCCGACACAGCUGGCAUCAAGUUUGUGUAUGAGGACCCACGAGACCAUUGGUGCCAACAGUGUAACGUGGUGAUGCCAACAAUGAAUGAAAUGUUUCGUCAUCUGCACUCACCCAAGCACAAAGAGGCUACACCAUCUCAUGAACGUCCAUGGGCUGACCUAGAGAAGCCGGCACCUCCUGCAAACCAAAAAUUCCACCGUACAAUUGUCUCGAACGUCAAGGGUGUCCAGUUCCUAGUUGGCAUCUCUGGCUAUUACUGCAAGCUCUGCAAGGUCAUGAGUGGAGAUUCAGCCAUGGCCCGCAAUCACUUGCACAGCCUUGAGCACAACCAGAACUACACGAAGUACAUUCUGCUCAAUCCAUUCUAUGAGCGUCGGUGGAAAAUGGAAAAGGACAUAGCCCUGGUCUCAGCCAUCAAGGAGGAAAAGGAAAAACAGGAAAAGGAGAAGGAAAAGCAAGAAAAAGAUCGUGAGAAGGACAAGUCAAGGUCACGGUCACGCUCUCCAUCCGACCGCAGUUUCUCAAAACGGCACAAGUCAAGCCGCAAAGAGGAGCAAGAGAAGAUACGGCGAAAGAACGAAGAGCUUCAAAAGCAGGAGCGUGAAAACAGCGCUUCGGUAAAAGAAUUAGACGACUCCGAAACGAGUCCAAAGAAGGGCGCAAUGUCCACGUCACCUCCACCUUCCAGGGCACUUUCUGGAGGCAGCGCAAUCAAGCUUAAGCUUCUAAAGGGCCAGAAACUCCAGAAGCAACCCCCCAAACCGACUCCUGUUGUGAUUAUUGGCAAAGCACCUUGUUUCCGGCCGUCAUUCCUGUCUGGAAAGUCCAAGGUGGGAGGAGCUUCGAACGCGGCAACAAAGCAAGAGGAGAGCAAGCCGUACGGUCCGGCACUUCCGCCAAACUUGGCAUCGGCUUCGGAUGCGAACCUCGUGGAGGAGGCCAAGAAGAACGAAGCCGCCAUGGAGAUCCCGCUUCCCGACCCUGCUUCAGAAUCGCAGGCUCCAGCACAAUCACCAGUUACAACCAUCGAAGAGAACACAGCCACAACCACUGCGGCCACGGUGAAUACAGCAACAACCGCUGUUGCCCCGGCUCCAGCCGUGUCUGUCACGCAAGCUCCACGCAAGCAGGCCCUGAAGUCUGGAGUUGUGGCCAAGGUUACAUUGCUUCCCGGUGUGCCUAAAGCCACCAUGACAGAGGAAGACAUGGACCUGAAGCUUCUGGGCAUAGAGCGUGAUGACAUUCAACCGAUCGCUCCGGUGAAGCCGCCGCCUGCGUACGGCCCAGUACCGCCCUCUGCUGUGCAGCUGCCGAAUCUGUCCGUGCCACCACCAAUGUUCCCGGUGCCUCCACCAAAACGGACCUUGUUGCCACUACCGCAGUACCUGGCUUCGGUGCCACCACCAACUCUGGCAUCGUUGAACGUGCCACCACCAACAGCUACCUUGCAUGUGAGGCCUCAAUUACUAACCCAUGGCAGACCGUUUGUGGCAAAUGCUGACUACGUCAAGCCAAACAACAACAGGGUUACAUGUAACACAGUGGUGCCCCUGCAAGUGUUGCGGCUGCCGCCUCCACCCCCACCUGACGAGCCGGAGCCACCAGCGCCACCAGUGACAAGAGCAAGACUUGCAACUGUUCAGAGGCCGCCCCCAACCCUUACUCCCAUACAAAGGGCUAUGCCGACCGCUAGUGCAUCUCCGACUACUGAACUCCAAGAACCAACGCGAGCUACCGAACCUUUUAUAAACACAGCUGGUGGGAAAGAUGCAAGUGCUGUGACUACUGGAGCAGCUCCGAACUUAAGCGAAGCCACUGCAGGUGAUGCUAAGCCUGCAGUUACUAUGGCUAAUGCAGAAGCCACUGAAGGUGGAAAACCGGAAGUACAAGAUGCGGACGCGACGGUUGCUGCGGCUGCUACUGUAGGUGUGAAACCCGUCGUACAACAUGCGGACGUGACGGUUGCUAUGACUACUACUGUAGCUGGGAAACUGGAAGUAAAAGAUGCGGAUGUGAAGGUUGCUACGGCCGCUACUGUAGAUGUGAAAUCAGAAGUACAAGAUGCGGAUGUGAAGAUUGCUAUGACGGCUAAUGUCGCUUCGAAGUGUGCUGUUCAGUCUAUUACAGAGCCUGUAUCUGAAACUGUAGCGGCGAAGCCAUCACAGCCAACAACACAAGCUGAGACUUUGCAGUCUCGUGAACCUCACAAAGUGGCAGUGCCUGAAGGUAUUGCUUCAAUAGCUUCUAGCGAUUCGUCUGCCGUUGCUUUGAAGAGUGAUGCUGAGUCAGUUACAGAGCCAAACAAUAAAGCUGUAGAAGCAGAGGUAACGGAACUAACAGCACAGGGUGAAACCUUGUGCCGGUUGCAUGAAUCCGAUAAUGUGGCACUGGCUGAUGAUAAUGCUCCGAUAGCGUCUGGCCUUCCACUCGCCAUAAGCAGCACUACCGUUGCUUUAGAGGGGGCUCUUGAGAUUGUCCCAGAAUCGGUCACUGAAGUUGCAGCAGCGAAGGUGCCAGAACCAAUCACGCAAGCCUUGCAGUCUGAUGAACCUCACGAAGUGGCAGUGGCUGAUAUUGUUCAGGUGGCUGCUGGCAGCUCGCUGGCGGUGAGCAGUGCUGAUGUUGCUUUGGAGAGCUCUGCUCAGCCAGUUACAGAGCAAAGCAGUGAAACUGUAACUGGAAAGUCACCAAAACCAACAACACAAUAUGGAGCUUUGCAGUCGCAGGAACCUCAGGAAGUGACAGUGCCUGAAGGUGUCUCCCCAUUAGUCACUGGCAGUUCACACGCUACAAGCAGUACUUAUGUUGCCUUGGAGAACAACGCUACUGAGCCUGUCACAGAACUAGGCAGUGAAGCUGUAACAGUUAAGCCAUCAGAGCCAACCGCUCAAGGUGAAGCAUUGCAGUCAAACGAGUUUCGUGAUACAGCAGAGCCUGGAAGGGUUCCAUCAAUAGCUGACGACAUUUCACUUGCCAUUAGUGAAAGCUUUGUGGGCACAACCAAGGCUGCUAUGCCCAGCUGUGCCACAGAGAGUGAAGAAAAGACUGAAGAAACAUUGAAUGCUUGUGUGAGCAUUCAACAGCAGGUGUCUGUAUAUGCAUCUCCAAGUCAUGAGAGGGAGGUAGCACCAUACCCUUCAUUCCCAACACAAGCUAAUGCUGAACAUGCCACUGCAAGCUCUGUCAGUGAAAAGGUCUCAGGAUCGUAUAUGAGCACUCAAGAGCUGCAUAGAAAAGAAAUGGGUGAUCUAGUGGACUCAGAAGUGAUGGAGCAAUGUGAGCCUGGCAGUUCUGCUGUGCAAGAGCAGCAUGUAUCUGCCGCAGCCAUUGAAGCUAACAAAGUGGACAUAUCGAUUGAAGGCAGCAAUACAAGCACUUCAGGUAUGGUGGGAGAUGAACUGUACCAUACAGCACCCUCUUUUGACUCUGCAAAAAUUGCCAUGUGUUUGUCGGAUAGUGCUCCGUUAAGCAGUUAUUUUAACUUGCGGGUUGGUCCCACGUCGAUAGAAGCAAGCCAAGAAAGAGUAUCUGCUAAAACUCAACGCACUUGUUUUCAACCUGAGGAUUUUUCGGCAGGGAAGAACGUGACUGCAAAUCUCAGCUUGACCAGCAAGACUAAUACUGUUGAAGGUGUGUCCAGCGCUGCCUGAAAGAACGUGCAAAUUUCAGGUAUUUCGGAAAGUGAAACAUCGAUUCCGGCACACCUCAAUGUCAAGAGAGAUUCUUGUUCGAGUGGUGCCACUGAAAUUGAGGAAGAUGUUUCUGGCAGAAUGGAAGUCAACUAUGGGGACAGUCAGGAACCUUUCAUUAGAGAGGACGAGACAAUUCAGGAAGAGACAGCAAAGUUGGGCAUGAUCACUGAAGGGCUCACUGCUGCAGAUAAGGAUGGCUUGAGUAAAAAGUUUUCUUAUGGAGAAUGUGUAGGGGAAAGUGGAGAUGGGGUAAAUGUGCCAGCUGUCAACGCUGAGGACAGUAAAGAAUUUCUUCAUAAUAUGAUGGAAACGGCGAGUACCACCGGAUGUGCACAGCUCACCAUGAAAGGUGCCGCCGUGGUAAAGUUUGUAAACUGCGCUCAAGAACAGGCAAUCGCUGCAAUGGAAGAUGGCGAAUCACUGGGCUGCGCAGCCCUGCAACACAGAGGAGGGAUGGCUGACACAAGCAAAAGCUGUGUGCGAUUCGGUCAAGGCGAUGCAGAAGUCCCUUUUGCGUCCUUCGAUAAGCAAUCCUCCGCAAGAGAUUGCUCCGUGCCCGUUGUGACAACGCUGGGCCUGGACAGCCUUCUGGACGAAUGCCCUGAUUGGAACACAGCCAUUGUAGACGCUGCCAUUGUAGACGCUGCCAUCAACCAUGACAACAGCAUGCCUGGAGAGGGCCUCUUUCCCAGCUCCUCUGUUUUAGCAGAGCCGCUGGCCGACAUGACAGCUGCAGGGGGCGUAGCUCAAGGCAGUGCAGGAUCAGAAGAGCAGUUCAGCGAUCGUGAUCCAAGCAGGCAGCUUCUGCAGCCAGAUUCGGGUGAAGUGCUGCUCGAAGAUGCGUCACUCGGUGCUGCUCCGCCAGCGCUUGAGGGCGCCAAAGUCUCAACAGAAGAUGAAUGUGUCUUGGAGGGAGACUUUGCGGUGGUGGAUGAAUGCUCCGACAACGUGGUGCAAACUGAAGACGACGAUUGCAUGGUUGUCACGGAUGAAGCAUGAAAAGUGGUGAACAGACAUGUCCGGCUGUUCUUUGUUGCUUUUUCUUUCGUUGUUUUUCAAGCAUUUCUUUCAUUUAUUUUGUUAUGCCAUUUGUUACUAUACAUGAAAUAUUUGUUUUAAUCCUUGUGGUAAACACAUUGGAAAUUGCUCCUUGUCUUGAGUUAGCUGUGCGUGAUAGUGACUCUGUACAACCAGGACACCCCUUUGUGAUCCUCCUCCUGAUCGUGUAACAUGCUUUUCACGCAUUCAAUAAAGAUAUUCUAUCCUGACCGUA